UCUUGGCAACAGAGAGACCGUAGAGACGCACAAAAAGAGCAAGAAGGCCGACGAAAUGGGUGAGGAAGUUGAGGCACAAAUGAAGAGGAUUGAAGCCACUAAAGGUGUUAUUGGAACGCUAGUCGUCGAUCCAGAUGGUGUUCCCAUCAGAUCAACUUUGGAUCAGUCCAUGACUCUACAAUAUGCAGGGCAACUUCGACAACUUGUGGUAUUGGCCAGAAGCGCAGUCAGAGAUAUUGAUCCUCAGAAUGAUCUCAGUGCCCUCCGAGUCCGCUCCAAGAGCAAUGAGAUCAUUGUUGUAACAGAGAACAACUAUCUAGUGAUAGGCAUCCAGAAGCUUCCUGAGCCAGAUGUUUCCAUGGGCAUGGAGACAGGUUCUCCCUUGGGACUAGAGUAUCCUGGUUGGCUACAGAAGGAGUGAAGUGAUGGCUAUUGAUGUGUGCACGCUGAAAGACAUGGAUGAGAUGAAUGUUUCAGCUGAGAGAAGAAAAGAAGGAGGCAAAAUAACAAUGUCUGUCCUUAAAGCCAUUUUUAAUCACAUCAUAAGAAGACCACAUACAUUGUGAGGCUGUGCACACUGUCACCACUAGAUGGCAAGACAGCGUUAUUUUUUCAGUUCACUGGUGACACGUUUAAAUGUCUUGGAUAAAUAAACUAAUACUCGUCUCGAAAUGUUUUGGUGCAACUUAACAUUCACUGACAUCUUGGAUUUCAUCCAGGGAGAUGUACACUUCUGUAUGCCGGACUGAGAUCUUUGGGCUUCACGUGUAUGAUCAACACCUGGAAGUGCAGAAGAAAGGUUUAUGUCAGAAUGAAUAGAAUUAAAGCGAGCUGAUGUCCAUAAACAUGCAAAUUAAUAAAAGGGAAAAGCUAAUCAGUUA